UCUUUCAAUUUUAUUUCGAAAACCACAAAACCCCCAACCCAACAAUGGCCACUAAGGACGCUAAGCUCGACCGCGACGAGGUCACCAACGCCUACAACGCCGUCCGCGACAACAACGACCCGAUCACCUGGGCUGUCUUCAAGUACGGCGAUGGCAACCUCAUCUCCACUGCCGCCACCGGCACCGAGUACGACGAGUUCCUCACUCACUUCACCGACGACGAGCGUGUUUACGGCUUCCUCCGCCUCGAGACCGGCGACGAGCUCAGCAAGCGUGCCAAGUUUGCCUUUGUUGCCUGGAUUGGCGAGGAUGUCGGCGCCCUCAAGAAGGCCAAGGUCAGCACUGACAAGGCCAUCGUCAAGUCCGUCGUUGCUUCUUUCGCUGCCGAGAUUCUCACCUCUGAGCGAUCGGACCUCCGCUACGACACCAUCUUUGCCCGCGUUAAGAAGGCUGGCGGCGCUGACUACAACGGUGGUCGCUAAACAGAGCACCGUUCGCAUCUUCCCCAGGUUUUUUCAUCAAAUUGAACGAUUCCUUGUGUGCAUACCUUGAAAAGCUCUUUUUUUUUUUUGUGAAGUUUGUUUCCCCGUCAAUAUCAAAGAAAUGAACACACGCUGAGCUUUACCCCCCCCCCUGGCUUAGUAAACUUUCUGAGAAAUGGAAGUGCUGUGCAGUCUUUGCC